UCAGUUGGGACCCACGUAACCGCUGCAUCACUGGACAUGUGGCCUCGUACGCGUCGUUUACCCUUUCUCCCUCAGGGUGCCCUGCCCUUCUCCUCUGCUCCCCUCCCCAUCCCAAGCGUUCCAGCUCUACAUAUUUAGGCCUUCUCCCUCGCCCUUUCCUUUUUCAGUUUGCUCGUUCAUGGUUUUAGCCUUUGCAAGCAAUCGAGCUGUUGUGGAUAUUUGCAGAAGAGGGGAAGAUAUUGUCCUUGUUUCUCUUGUCUGGCUACUGCGGGCGGUUGAGCUGAAAGUGAAAUGAUUGGCAAGGAGAACUUGAUGACGGAGGACUUGAACUUAUGCUUUGAGCAACUUAUGAUGGUUGCAGGCGGUGGUAACAGGGGAAACAGUAGAGCGAAAAUGGAAGCCGGGGUGAUCACCGAGUGGAAGGAUAUUCCGGUGGAGCUUUUGAUGCAGAUUCUGGCCCUUGCUGAUAAUCGGACGGUGAUCGCAGCUUCAGGAGUCUGCCGUGGAUGGAGAGAUGCUAUAUGCUUCGCCCUUUCCCGUUUAUCACUCUCAUGGUGUAGCAAGAACAUGAAUAACUUGGUCUUAUCGCUUGUGCCUAAAUUUACAAAAUUGCAAAUUUUAGUCCUUCGCCAAGACAAACCUCAACUAGAGGAUAAUGCAGUUGAGACUAUCUCAAAUUGCUGUCACGACCUGCAGAUGCUAGACCUCAGCAAAAGUUUCAAGCUUACUGAUCGCUCUCUGUAUGCCUUAGCCCAUGGAUGCCGUGAUCUUACAAAUCUAAAUAUAAGUGGGUGCUCAGCAUUUAAUGAUGUGGCUCUGGCUUACCUAGCCAGUCUCUGCAGGAAAUUGAAGUGUUUAAAUCUUUGUGGAUGUGUUCAAGCAGCAUCAGACCCUGCAUUACAGGCUUUAGGACGUUACUGCAACCUAUUACAAUCUUUGAACCUUGGAUGGUGUGAAAAUGUUGGUGAUGAUGGAGUGACAAGUUUAGCAGCUGGUUGCCCUGAUCUUAGAACACUUGACUUGUGUGGGUGUGUCCGUAUAACAGAUGAGAGUGUGAUUGCUUUGGCAAAUGGGUGUCCCCAUCUGAGAUCCCUUGGGCUGUACUACUGUCAAAAUAUCACAGACAGAGCAAUGUAUUCAUUGGCCCAUAGCAAAGUGAAUAACAGGAUGUGGGGAUCUGUGAAAGGAAUUACUGAAGAGGAUGGGCUAAGAACUCUCAACAUUAGCCAAUGCACAGCACUCACACCCUCUGCUGUUCAAGCCGUGUGUGACUCGUUCCCGGCAUUGCACACCUGCUCCGGCAGGCAUUCACUCAUCAUGAGUGGCUGCUUGAACCUGACUUCUGUGCACUGUGCUUGUGCUGUGCACUCACAUCGAGCGGUCGCCUCUCUCCCAUAUCAAGCUCAUUGAGCAGAGCUCUGGGGGUUAUAAUUGAACAUUCAAGGAAGUGCCCUUCGAGGGCUCAGAGAAGUGAACAUUGCCCCCUUUGUAUAUAUUUGUGUGGAACUUUAUGGAAACACGAGACUUGGGCUGCAAAUUAGCAGCCGCUUCUUGUUGGAACUGGCAGACUAUGUAGAACCACCUAAACUUGUGUCUGCGCUGCGUAGUUUUAGUCUCCAAAAUAUCAUGUAAAGCGUCUGACGUUUUGGAUGCAAGCACUGGAUUGUUCCAAAUUGGUUUGAGAUGUGGUUUGAGCUUGACCUGUUAUACCAACGAUAGAUUUCUGUAAUGUUUUAAAAUUCGGAUUGGAUAUUGAA